GUAAUAUGCGAAAACAAAGGUCUUUCAGACGAGUUGCCACACUUAGUCUACGUAUCUAGAGAAAAGAAGCAGGAACAUCCACAUCAUCAUAAAGCUGGUGCCAUGAAUGUGUUGACAAGAAUUUCUGGAGUGAUGACAAAUGCUCCUUUUAUCCUGAACGUAGAUUGUGACAUGUAUGUUCAUAAUCCAAAGAUUGUCCAACACGCCCUCUGCAUUUUACUAGAUUCAAAGGGAGAGAAAGAAGUUGCAUUUGCACAAUGUAUCCAGCAAUUCUACGAUGGACUGAAGGAUGACCCUUUUGGAAAUCAACUUGUGGCAAAGUUUAUGUACGUAGGUGGUGGGUUAGCAGGGAUCCAAGGAAUAUUUUACGUUGGAACAAAUUGCUUGCACAGAAGAAAAGUAAUUUAUGGCCUUUCUCCUGAUCAUCACAUUCCAAAUGGAAAGAAGCAUCAUGACAUCACACAUGGGAAACUCUCAGAAAAGAAAAGAAUAUUUGGAAGUUCAGAGAGGUUUUUGGAAUCAGCUGCUAAUGCUUUGGAAGGGAAGACAUUGGCUUCCAAUGAUAAGAUUUGGAAAUAUGUUGAGGCAGCCAAAGAAGUUGCCAGUUCUGAAUAUGAAUACGGCACUGCUUGGGGUAAAAAGGUGGGUUGGAUGUAUGGAUCAACAUCAGAAGAUGCACUUACAGGGCUGAAAAUACACACACAAGGAUGGAGAUCUGAAACGUGUGCACCAGAACUUAUACCCUUUAUGGGUUGCUCACCUCAGGAUAUCAUAAGUGUAAUGAGUCAACAAAAGAGAUGGACCUCAGGGUUGCUUGAUAUUCUCCUAAGCAAACACUGUCCAAUUUUUGGAACCCUGUUUGGUAAGCUCCAAUUCAGACAGUGCUUGGGCUAUCUUUGGGUGCUCACUUGGGCCGUACGAUCUGUUCCUGAAAUUUCCUACACUCUUCUUCCUGCUUAUUGCAUCAUCAACAACUAUACUUUCUUGCCCAAGGAACCCGGGCAAUGGAUUCUUGUCACUAUGUUUGUGAUUUACAACAUAAGUACUUUUGUAGAGUACUUGAGAACAGGGUUGUCAAUUCGAACAUGGUUGAACAGUGAAAGAAUGGCAAGGAUAACGACCACAAAUGCUUGGUUUUUUGGAUUUUUGCACGUCCUGCUUAAGGUAUUCGGAUUAUCAGACAGUGUGUUUGAAAUAACAAAAAAAGAGCAAUCAUCAUCCAAUGAGAGUGCUAAGGAAAACAAUGGUAGAUUCACUUUCAACAACUCUCACAUUUUUGUACCUGGUACAACUAUUUUGCUUAUUCAACUCACAGCACUGGUUACCAAGUUGUUGGGAUGGCAAGCACCUGUUAGAAAUGGUCAUGGAUCCGGCAUAGGAGAACUGUUUUGCUGUUCAUAUUUGGUUGUGUGCUACUGGCCAUUUUUCAAAGGUUUAUUUGGCAAAGGAAAAUAUGGAAUUCCCUUAUCCACGAUAUGCAAGUCAGUGGUGUUGACUCUUCUUUUUUUAUAUUUUUGCAGAGCUUAUCAAGGAUGAUUGGAUUUGGAUGUUUUCAACGUAUUUUGCUACUUCAUAUCCUUCUCAUUGUAUGGUUCCAUUGUUAGAAUACAGUAAUUGAAACAUAAGAUAAUAUGGAGUGGUAUUAAGUUA